GGGAGAGUCUCAAGGGUUUUAGUUGAAGUCUCCUCUCCACCACCCAAAAUUAAAUCAUCCUCCUAAUAAAUUUUUUUUUUUUUUAGGAUCAUAAUAUUUUCCAGGAAAACAAUUCCCUAAAGAAAAAAGAAAAAAUCAUUCUGGAUAUUAUUGAAGAUAACGAAAAAAAUUUAAAGCUUUACACAAAUCAAUAAUGCCUAGCAAGUUAAAGAAGGCAAUUGGUGCAGUGAAAGACCAAACCAGCAUUAGCCUUGCCAAGGUCGUCAACACCAAUUCUGCCAGCCUUGAAGUGGCAGUCCUCAAGGCCACCACCCACGACAAAGCCCCCUUUGACGAGCGUUACGUCGAUGAAAUCCUACGAACCGUCUCCUCCAACAAGCUCUUCGCGGGGAUUGCCGCCCGUGUCAUCGCCAAAAGAUUAGGCAAAACAAAGAAUUGGGUCGUCGCCCUCAAAUGCUUGAUGCUUGUCCUUCGCAUUUUCCAAGAUGGCGACCCUUAUUUCCCUAAAGAAGUCCUCCAUGCAAUGAACCAUCGAACCAAUAUCCUGAAUCUCCCCACUUUCAGAGAUGAAUGCAGUUCCAGUCCUUGCGAUUACACCACUUUUGUCAAGUCCUUCGCCUUCUAUCUCGAAGAACGCUUGGAAUGCUUCCUCACGGGGAAGCUUCAAAGGCGAUUCACGUUCAAAGAGAAACAACUUAGCCAUCCCAGGGCACGUCGAGUUAACCAACAAACUGUUCGACACAUGAAGCCCCCCAUGUUGCUCGAUCGGAUUUCCUAUUGGCAACGGUUGCUUGCUAAAGCUAUUGCCACAAAGCCCAUAGGUUCAGCCAAGACGAACCGCUUGAUCCUGGUUUCCUUCCAUGCUAUCGUACGAGAAAGCUUCGAUCUUUACAGGGACAUAUCUAACGGGCUUGGGCUUGUCUUAGAUGGUUUCUUUCAUUUGCAGCAUCAAUCAUGCGUUAAUGCCAUCAAUUAUUGCGUCAAAGCCAGCAAACAAUUCGAAGAGCUUUCGAGUUUAUACGAGUAUUGUAAGAGCUUGCCAAUUGGGAGAACCUCGGAUUAUCCAAGUGUGCAGAGGAUAUCAGAGGAGCUUAUUGAGACAUUGAAAGUGUUCUUAAAAGACCAAGCUUCGUUCCCAUCAGCUGGGAUAUCACCACCUACGAAACCACCUCGUUUGCUUCGUCUCCUAACGUCAGCCGCCAAGGAUCUCUCAGUUUUGGAGAUAGAAUCUCAGGCCGGUUCGAGCUCGAUUGUUUGUACAUCGUUAGAAGAAUUGAUGAAUCAAGAUGAAGAACCUGUUGUAACAAUGAGGUCAUCUUUCUCGACGGGGACUUUCUGGGAGUUGUCUGAAAAACAAUAUCGCGAGCAAGAAGAUUCGUAUAAUGCCGCUGAAACUGGCUCCAACCAUUCCUUACCCAUUGAUCAAGAUCAAAAUACGAGUUUAAAUUUUUUAUCCUUUGAUGAGUGGCCAGCAGUAGAUGCUAAUAAAACCCAAGGACAACAAAGUUCAGAGCCAUCAUCAUCUUCAGCUAAUGGUGACAAGGGUUGUUGGGAACUUGCUUUAAUAGAGCCCACGCCGUCGCCACAACCUGUGCCACAGGCUUCCCAAAACUUUGCUAAUAAUAACUCUUUCUUCGACAACUGGUUUCAGCAAGACCAAGCUUCUCAAAAUGGAGCAAAUGGUGCCUCUUUUCCCUACAAUUGGUUUCAAGAAGAUCAUAGAAAUGAUCAGCAAGCUUCUCGAAAUGGAGCCAAUGGUGCCUCUUUUACCAACAGUUGGUUUCAAGAAGAUCAUCAAAAUGAUCACCAAGCUGCUCAAAAAGGAGCCAAUGGAGCCUCUUUUACAAACAAUUGGUUUCAAGAAGAUCUUAGAAAUCAUCAGCAAGCUUCUCAAAAUGGAGCCAUUGGUGUCUCUUUUCCCAACAACUGGCUUCAAGAAGAUCAAAGAAAUGACCGACAAGCUUCUCAAAAUGGAGCCAAUGGUGUCUGCUUUACCAACAGCUGGCUCCAAGAAGAUCUUAGAAAUCAGCAAGCGUCUCAAAAUGGAGUCAUGGUUCAUUCAUAUAUCGAUGACUGGCUACUGCAACAACACCAUCAACAACAAUGGCAAGCUUCGAAUGAUGUAGCCAAUGGCCAUACGUGUUUCGAUGACUGGUUAAAAGAAGAUAAAAGUCCAGAGUAUGCCUCUAAUCAAAUUAUCGUAUCCAAUGGCCGCUCUUAUUUCGAUGAUUGGUUUCAAGCAAACCAAAGAGACCAAGAAGAACGAAAAUCAGCUUCGAAUUGGAGCAACAAUGGCGGUAACGAAAGCUGGGAGCUUGUGUUGGUAGAAGGCACAACGCCACUUUCAAAAGCUUCUCAACAUUUAGCCGAUGGAAUCCAACCUUCAAUGGCGAAUCAUUUAUUUGAUCACAGACCCAUAGUGAUUCAACGCCAAUAUAAUCCAUUUCUCGAAGAUGAAACAAAUAUAUCAGCAGCCAUUGCCACCACUGCCAAUGACAAUGUUGCUGGUUUCCAUGAAAGGUUCUUCCCAAUGGAACCAACAUUUCAUGCAACACCAACUUUUUACGCUCAAAGCAGUAAUGAAAUACCAACACCGACGUUUCAUGCGAUGCCAGGUUCGGUUUCCCAGCAUUCUAAUGGGACAACAACAGGGUUUCAGGGUGGUGAAACUGGCGAGCCUUUCGCCCCAUGGCCAACUAUGAAAGCUAACAACAAUGUGUCAGUGGAUCAACAAAAUGUAUUAUUUCAACGACAGUUGUGGUUGCAGUGA